AUGCCUCGAGCCAUUAUUUCGCCUUCUGUUCUCGCCUCCGACUUCGGCCAGCUCACUGCGGAAUGCAAGCGCAUGAUCAAGGGCGGUGCUGAAUGGCUACAUAUGGCGGAUCCGCUCUCGCUCAUCCAUGCUAUCCACGAGCGCAAAAUGAAAGCAGGCGUCGCCAUCUCGCCUGAUACGCCCUCGACUGCGAUCACUGACGAAGUGGGUGAGGCAGCUGACAUGCUGCUUGUAAUGACAGUAUACCCUGGUCGUGGCGGCCAGAAAUUCCUCGAGCGCUGUGUCCCCAAGGUCGCCGAACUUAGAGUGCGCUUUCCUGACAAAGAUAUUGAGGUCGAUGGCGGUGUUGGCCCCAAGACUGUAGACGUAUGUGCGGAAGCAGGGAGCAAUGUCAUUGUUGCGGGAACGGCCAUUUUUAAUGCCCCCGAACCUGAGCAGGUGAUUGCACUACUGAAGAGAACUGUCAACGAUGCGCAGGCAAAAAUUUCAUCUAAGUGA